AUGGAAAUAACCGUGACCAGACAUUUUAGUUUAGACGAAACGUCAAUGAGAAGCGGGGCUUUAGCAGCAAUGGAGGCGGAGCCAGACCUCAGUACCUUUGAGAACAAAUCAGGCUUAGCAGAGGAUAUGAAGUUUUUAGCUUCAAUGCCUGAGUUGUGUGACGUGACGUUCCUAGUUGGAGACACUAGAGAACCAGUGUGCGCUGUCAAAGCUGUUUUGGCAGCACGAAGCAGGGUUUUCCAAAAAAUGCUCUAUCAAGCCCCAAGUCCUCAGAGAAAAAAAGAUCCUGCACCUCGCGAAAACAAACUGAGACUAUUUCUGAAACGAUCAUCCGAGCCAUUGUUAAAUCUUCAAAACGCAGCACAGCAGAGAUCAGCUUUCGCGCAGCAAUUGGCUCCAAUACAAGAGCCGUCAUCCCAGCAACAUCAAACUCUUAUAAUCGAAGAAUUUGAGCCCGAUGUCUUCCGGCAGUUAAUAGAAUACAUUCAUACAGGAUGUGUAACACUUCAGCCACGGACUCUGCUGGGUGUGAUGAAUGCAGCGGAUUAUUAUGGCCUGGAUGAGCUCCGCCGAGCUUGCGCUGGUUUUGUCCAAUGUUGCAUCACAGUGGAUACGGUGUGCGCUCUUUUAGCGUCAGCGGAAAGAUAUAUUCAAUACAAGUGCACAAAAUCUUUAGUGCAAAAGGUUCUAGAAUUCGUUGAUGAGCAUGGUAAUGAAGUGCUAAACUUGGGAUCGUUUACUCUUCUACCUCAGCAUGUUGUACGUCUAAUUUUGGCAAGAGAUGAACUUCGAGCCGAUGAGUUUACUAAGUUUCAGGCAGCCCUAAUGUGGAGUAAGAAGUAUUGCGACACGAAUCAGAACAUGUCACUUAAAGAUGUGAUUGGAAAUUUUCUCGAAUACAUUCAGUUCCACAAGAUUCCAGCUAACGUGCUCAUGAGGGAGGUGCAUCCGUUAGGACUGGUGCCCUAUUCUAUUAUAAUGAACGCUUUAGCUUAUCAGGCAGACCCGGCCAGCGUAGAUCCAGGAAAGCUGUCUCCAGCAAGGGUGCGGCGGGCAGGUCGUUCAAUGUCUGUACAAUCUUCUCUUGAUCCCUAUGGUUCAAACACGACUCUCUCUUCCACCGGCUCGAGCGAUGUUCCUUCAUCUGACUCUCGGCACAACUAA